CUCACAUUACAUAAUCACUAUUUUGGGGCACUGCGCGCGAAGGUCAUUGCUCGCCGCAUCACAGCUUUCAGCUCAGCUUUCAGACUCGGCCAGCGCGCAUCCAGAACGCGAACCACCAAAACACGUUUGAAUCCCCGGGAAGAGACUCGGCUGUGUCUGCCGUGUACUUGAUCUUAUGAGAAUCUGACUGCUUCGUCUCUGAAUACCUACUCUGACUGCCUUGCAAGAUCGCAAACAUGUAUCAACACCCCCCACCGCAGAUGCCCAUGUCGCCGGCAUCCAAGCGAAUGCGCAUGGACGGCCCGAUGCCUCCUCACAUGCCACCCCAAGGACCCUACGCGGCCCCGCCAAUGCCGCCCCAGGCAGUUGGCCACCCCCAUCUGCCUCCCCACAUGCCGCUUCCCCCCGGCGCGCAGCCCGGCGCCCUGCCUUUGCAGCAACCUCCACCACCUCCUCCUCCCCCGGCUGUUGCCGCACCUGUCCCCGCUGUAGGCGUAGCCCCGGGCCAGCCUGGCGCUUUACCCGCGUCGGUCUAUGCAGCCCAGCAUAACGUGCUCAUGUCGCUCGACGACGAGGACAUGUUUGGCGCGGUCGACGAGCUCGACAGCAUCUCUGCGCGCGACAUCUCGACGCUCAGAUACGCGCGGCACCAUGAAUGGAUGGAGCAGAUCCUAGGCUCGGCCUACCAAUCCGACAAGAUCAUUCCCCCGGGCCUGUUCGCGGCGCGGGGGAACACCACAGCCAACAUAUGGGACGGCAUCGACAAGCUGAAGGAGCGCGUGGCCAAGAUGGAGGAGGAUCUGAAUUCGGUGGACGAGUUUUACACGAGAAGUAUAGUGGAGAUUAAAGAGACCAAGAACCGGGCGUACACGCAGAUGCGCGAGGCGAUGGCGAAGCAGGAGGCUCAGGCUGCACAGGAACUUGCCGCGGAGGGACUAGAGGAGGUUGAAGAAAAGACGUCGUCGUCGGUGUAUUCGUCAUUGGCGAUCAGCUAGAAGCUAGCCUGGUUUUUAUUACUCUAUUGAUUUUAUAUGUCGUGUUAUGUUUGUGUUGGUUUGCUUUUGGUUGGGAAGGCGGGUUCCCGUCGAAUAUUUACGAUCCUGAGGCGGCGAGUGCUCGACAGAUGCUCGUUCGUAUAUGUGAUUGCAUUUGUAUAUUAAUAACAAAAAUGAUUCUCCAGAAGUUGUUAUGUUGUUUUGGUGGUUACAGGAAGUUCGAUGGAUUUUGGUGAAAGUGGUAGUUUGAUGGUGUUUAAAUUGCUAUGCUGCGGAUCAGCGCGAUGAUGCCGUCAGCCUUCCCAGCCGUGUAAAAGACAAAAACAAAGCAAAGAUGCACUUCAUAGAGAAAAAUCUUGUAUAAUCAGAAUAAAAUCGCAGCACAGAAAGCACGUAAACUGGCAGAAAAACAUAAAGACCAGAAAAGAGAUCAUCGUAAGCUUAGC